UUGCGAUAUUUGGCUUCUUCUUGUAGUUCUGCCGUCGUGUACGACCGCUUUUGCUCGAUGGGGGCCAGGUGACCGCUCGGAGCCGUUGACGGGAAUGUCCGCCACUGACUGUGACAACAUCAAAACUGUGGACGUCCUGUCGCUCGAUUCAAUCCGUUCAAGCCUGAUUCGACAGGAGGAGACUAUCAUUUUUGCUUUGAUUGAGCGCGCACAAUUUCGUCAAAAUGAAAUUGUCUAUAGAAAAGGUGGUUUUGGAAAUCUUGGCACGCCCGUCGGUAGCACAUCCGUCGAUGAUCAUGAUCUAUCGUUCAUGGAGUACAUGCUUGUGGGGACAGAGGCACUCCAUUGCGGCGUCCGCCGUUAUACUUCGCCCGAAGAACAGGCAUUUUUCCCAGAACGGCUACCCUAUGGACAGAUGGACGCGCUUCCUCUGCUAGAGUACCCUCAGGAACUUUUGUCGUCAGUCGGUGGAGCUUGCGAUCUCAAUUUCAACAAGGCACUGCUGCAAAACUAUGUGGAAAAAAUCGUGCCGUCAGUCUCUCAACAAGGUGAUGAUGAGCAGCAUGGUUCCACAGUAUUGUGUGAUAUUGCGGCACUUCAGGCUCUGAGUCGUAGAAUUCACUACGGAAAAUUCGUUGCAGAGAGUAAAUUCCGAUCCGAUCCUAGUGGAUACCAACAGUUGGUUGACGCUAAUGAUGCGGACGGGGUUAUGAAGCUACUAACUAACACGGUUGUGGAAGAAAAGGUGAUUAGAAGAGCAAAACUCAAGGCUGCUACCUAUGGGACAGAGCCUCUCCUUUCCGAAAUGCCUCCAAUUAAGGGAGCUGACACAACUUCUAUUGUCGCGGCCGCAGCUGCACCGGGAAAAAUUGACCCGACUGUCAUUGAAAGCGUGUAUAGGGAUAUAGUUAUCCCUUUGACGAAAGUCAUUGAAGUCGCAUACUUGUUCCGACGCUGUGGGAGGGAGCCUCCGCCGGAAUACCAGUUAUGCUGA